CAUUCGCGGUGGCUUUAAGCGCACGGAUCUGAGAGUAACAUUCGCAGUAAUGUGUUUGAGCACCCUAGUCUAUAGCAUGCCCUGUUAAACUAAUCAGUUUCGUGAGGAUUUUCGUUGCGUCGUGUGAUUAUCUCAAUAUUGGCCAGAUUACAAAGGAGCUUAGCAGUGUAACAUUCUGACGCUUUAAAAAUUGAAAGGGUGGGUGAUUGUUAAGCGUACCAAGCAAUUUGUGAAGAGAAGGAAAGAUGGCUAAUCAGCAAGGAUUCCAACAACGUGAGACCCUCACCGGUGGAAUGUUGAAACAUCAACAUCACCAACAGGAGCCGGAUGAAGAGGAAGAUGAAGAGAGUGGUAGCGUGGAUGUGCGACCGAACGUCGGCGCUAAACGCAGAUACAGCGAGCUGAUGUGUGAAAGUGAUGAGGACGAUUUUGCUGGUUUCGAGGAGGAUGCCGCAAACAGUGAAAACGGUACAAUAAAUUCUCCGCGACCUCUGGAGAGUAUGUAUGAGGCGAUUUUGACAGCUGCAGAGAAAAAGCUGGCAAAAAACAGUAAACUUGCCGAGGACGACAGCGUAGCCGAGUUGCAAAACAGCCUGAAACAGGAAGAUAUGGAUGUGGUAAGCGGAACAGCUCUCGGUGAAAUUAACAAAAGUUUGGUAAAGAAAAAAGUAAAUUUACCGAUAAACACACAAGAUGAUAUCUAUAAGGUACCUUUUAAAUAUGGCUGGAAGCGAGAACUGGUGUAUCGAGCUAACAUGGAAGGCAGCAAGGAUAAGGGCGAAGUGUAUUAUAUUACACCCAAUGGCAAGAAAUUGCGGACCCGUAAUGAUAUUGUGUCAUCCUUGCACGACGAUCUCACGAUGGAUAAUUUUACGUUUGCAAAAGAACCUGUUGGAGGAACACCAGAAGAAGAAACUAUAAGGAGCGCGAAAUCUUACAGUAAUGUUCCCAAGCUUCGGGAUACUUCGAGUGAUCUAGGAAAACGGAUUCCUAAACCUAAAAUGCCAAAAGGAGCAAGCCCUCCUUUACCUACAUACAACGCCAGAGCUAGUGCACACAGUCAAACACCACUAUCGAAAUCCGCUUCAAUGAACACUCAGAUUACACCGAAAAUCAAUGCAACUGGUGCUAGUUUGUCGGUUGGUGCGGCGAGCGGGCAACGCGGUAAUGCACAUGGUGCAACAGGAGCAUCGAAAACAAACGAAAACAGUGGUAUUUUAGGAAAACAGACUAAAUCAAGCGGAAAAAAUCGGGUGGAAACUUGUACAAUCCAAUGUCUACCAGCGAUGGGGAUGAUACCGCAGUUACAGUGCAUGGUGUGCUACUGUAUGUACCAUCCGGAAUGUGUGAAUGCUACUACAGCAGAAGCGUUGGCUCGGCGGUUUACUUGCAAGAGCUGCAUGGAAGAGUCUAUGACAGCGGAAAUACAGAAUCAACAAACGUACAAAGAAUCUUUCGGGAAGUUUGGUAUGAAUACUAACGGAAACGGUAACAUGAAUGCCGCAAAACCGUUGGUUGCCACUAACAAUGGGGGCUCCUUGUCAUCGAAACUGGUAGCGAAACCGACACAGAAUAGUAGCACACUUAAGGAAAAGACAAAACGUUCUCAACAACUAUCUGCCGUGCCUAAGACCGCAACCCCCGCGGCUAAUGCUACAGAAGGCACCUGUGCAUUGAGCAACUCAUCCGCAAAGGAUAUUCCACCACAAGAUGUUCUCGUUAUUGGCACCCAUGAAUAUGUGGUCGUUCCGAAAGGCAAAGCAACAGGUGUGAAAAGCAAAAAGUCUUCCUCCAAACCUACAAAUCCUCUACCUCAGGCUGCAAUCAAAAUUUCGGAUGAUGGGCGUAAAAUGAACAAUAAUGCAACUAGCGGCUCAAGCAGUACAAAACAAACUCAUUAUGCAACCGAUCGUAUAUCAGAUGACGAUACAUCUUUGACGGUGGGUGCAGGAGCAGGGACUCAAGCGCACAGCAGUUCUACUGUUACACAAAACGGUACUGGUCGGGAUCCAUCCAAUUUUCUGUCUGAUGUAUCAGCAGGAUACACCUGCUUGAUGUUAAGCUUCAAUUAUCUUAAAGUACAAGAGCUACUUCGGGCCUGCAGUGUGUGUCGUAUGUGGAAUCAUUUGGGAAAUCAUCCACGAUUUUGGAAAACUGUACGCAUGAAAAACUCAUACAUCAGUGAUUGGGCAGGUAUGAUAGCCAAGCUGCGGAAAAAUGGUACAAAACAUCUCGACCUGCGCAAGGUAUUAAACGUUGGCAGUAACGACGAGAUGUGGCAAAGUUUCAACAAACAUAUUGGGCAGGCAGAUCAAAUCGAAAUUAUUGAUUUGUGUCGAUGUGCAUCGACGGUUGUGGGGAACCUACUUCGUUCAAACCCAAACCUACGAGUGGUGAACGCACUGGCAAUCAAAAAUGAUCCCAUUGAAUUCGUUAACUUUGAAUACGGUGUUAACUUGGAAGAAUUGCGUCUCAAAUCUUCCGCAGCCAUUUCAUUGGAAGGCGAUCUACAUCAAUUGGCAGCCUUGCGAAACUUAAAACACCUCUCGUUAACCUCCAUUAGCAAACUAGGCGCUACGUCUAUCGAUGCAUUGGGUUCUCUUGUCCUGUUAGAAUCGCUGGAGCUGGGUGAGUGUACCGAAAUGGGAUCUAACCUUGCAAACGUUUUGUCCAAUCUAACGGCAUUGAAACGGUUGCGAUUAGAGAAAGGCCAGGAGAACUUCGAUAUGUUUACUAUUUUGAAUGGCAUAUCCAGAGUGAAAACCUUAACUCAGUUGGAGUUAAUCAACUGUGAUGUAAAAGUUGGAUUCGAUCGACAUAUCGCUAAUUGCACGAAUGUGAAAAAAUUUUUACUUAUCCCCACGUACGUGUCGCAGUCAGCUGCAACAAAUCGCAUGGUUCUGAAAGGAAUCAUUAAGCUACACCAAACUUUGGAAUCUUUAGUUUGGGCUAUAACCGUGGAACUGUUGCGUGUCACAGAGCUGUACAUCGAUGCGAACGUAGAAGACGCAGAAAACCAAAUGGGAGGUAGCAUUCCCAUCUUGAAACCAGUACCAGGUAGUGAUGAACCGCCGUCUGCUGUUGGGUCUCAACUGGAUCUUCCUGAAGAAGUAGAAAUUGUUCCGCUAAGGCGAGUACAUACUAUUCUGAAGCGUAAAGUUCCCAAUACGAAGGUUCAAAUUUUGAAAAUACCUUUCAACAAUACUUGGAAGCAGACGCUGUGCGACACUUCGUGAAAUGUAUUGAAGAUUUGUGAAUAAUUCCGCGCACAUGUAAAUAGGCUGAAAAGUAUGCUACAUUUCAUUACGCAUAGAAUAUUGGCUCAAUUCAUAUGUGAUUCUUCACUGGAUGAACGUUCCGGAAUUGUUCCAGAUGUAAAAUACUUGCUUUAAAAUUGAUUUUAUUUUAUUUUACGUUUGGCUAGCUUUCUUUUAGUUUAAUUCGUUUUUGAUAGUAAAGGACAUAACUAACGGCGCGUAUAUGUUUCCUCAAGUAUAACAAGACGAAGUAAGGUAGCUGGCUUAUAGAAUAGUCUUACAUUGAAGGUUGAUUUAAAUGAUACACAAGCAAAAUAAAUAGGAAUUGUAUUUUAAACUAUCGACCAGUAAAAUAUGGCGUAACCUGUAAUGGCCCUGCCUGGGUUUCUUAUCUCUUAUUUGCCGAGCCGCCGUACGCUUCGCAGUUUUAAUCGAGUGAAAUACAAAUUCAUAGACGGCUAGCCAAAAGGGGGUACACAGGCCAAUACAAGCAAUGGUUAUUAAACGAAACAAUAGAGAAAUAAUCCUUAUGGUUUUGAAUGCGCGAUGUAAUUGUUCGCUAAUAGAAAAAGCGUAGCGCAUAAACUAAUUAUAAGCCAAAUGAAUAAUGCAGUCGGCCAAAAUGUGUGCAUUUCAAAGACGAACAAUGAGCACGCUA